GACUGAAAGAAUAAAUGAUGGGGUCACUUCACGACUUGAGUUGCUAGCAGCCAUGGCACCCUCCGCUUCUACUAACAACCCGCUGCUUUCGGACUGGUCUGUCCGACCGUUCUCGCUGCCUCCCUUUGAGGAAAUUCACGCCAGUCACUUUGAACCUGCGAUCAAAGUCGGCAUAGCCGAGCAUUUGGCGGACCUCCAACAGAUCGCGGAGAACCCUGACGCUCCGACCUUUGACAACACGAUCAAGGCCCUCGACUGCGCAGGUGCUCUCAAUGGUCGCAUCCUCGGCGUGUUUCACAAUCUGACGAGCUCAAUCUGCCCGCCUGAGCUUCGAUCGGUCGAGCGCAACCUCGUGGGUCCCAUGGCCGACCACCAUGCGGCCAUCACCUCGUUUCCUGGGCUGUUCGAACGCAUUAAGCACGUGCACGGCGACAAAGAAGCGGCCAAGCUGACCGGCGAGGAACUUCGCCUCGUUGAGCGCAUUUACGUCGACUUCGUCCGCGCUGGUGCGCUUUUUGACAAGGAAACGCAAGACAAGUACAAUGGAAUCGUGAAGGAAUUGGCGCAGCUCAUGACCAUCUUCCGGCAGAACAUCACCGCCGACGAGAGCGAAGUGACUGUUCCAGUCACGGAAGACGAACUCAAGGGAAGCCCCGAUUACAUCGUUGAGUCGGCGCGGCAGGCAGGAGUUGACCGCAACUCGGGCACCCCAGUGGUGACCCUGGCACGAUCCAUGGUGGAGCCAUUUCUCACGCUCUGCGCGAACGCGGACGCCCGCGAACGCGUGUGGCAGGCAUGGAACUUCCGAGGAGAGUCGACACCUGACCGGGACAACAACCCGAUCGCCGUGCGCAUUUUGGAACUUCGCAUCGCUCAAGCCAAGCUCCACGGUUUCAACACGUUCGCCGAGUAUCAAACCAGCGACAUGAUGGCCAAGACGCCGGCGGCGGUCAUGGACCUACUGGAACGCGUUUGGGUGCCGGCCAAGGAGGCGGCUCUUCGCGAACGCGACACGUUGCUAGCCUUUGCCUCAUCCAUCGGCGAGGCAACUCCUGUGCUCCGCCCGUCGGACUGGCGGUAUUACGCCGAGAAGGUGCGGUCGGCGACGUUCGACCUCGACGACAGCGCCGUGAAGCCGUACUUCAGCCUCGACCGCAUGGUGGAAGCCGUCAUGGACGUCGCGUACCAGCUCUAUGGCUUGGCGUUUGUGCAUCGUCCGGAUAUCCACGCGUAUCAUCCCGAUGUGAAAGUGUACGAAGUGCGAUUUGAAAACGAGGUGGUGGCGAUCUUCCUCCACGACAACUUUGCGCGUCCAUUCAAGCGCGGCGGUGCAUGGAUGAGUCAGUUCCGUGGCCAGCACCGCAACACGCCGGACGGGUCGAACGUGAUUCCUAUCGUGAUCAACAACAACAACUUCACCAAGGGCUACCCUGCGACCCUGCUGUCGUUCAUCAACGUCAAGACGCUGUUCCACGAAUUUGGCCAUGGCUGCCAUGGCAUGCUGUCGAACGCAACGUACAAGCGACUGGGUGGCACGCAAGUGCCCAAGGACUUCGUUGAACUACCGUCGCAACUCAUGGAGCACUGGAUGAGCCAGCCGCAAGUUCUUGCAAAACACGCUCGGCACGUCGACACCAACGAACCGAUUCCCGAGGCGCUGCUGGAAAAAGUCACCGCCGCCAUGCGAUUCCAGCAAGGCUUUGCCACCGUUGAACACGUGGCAUGCACACUGGUUGACCAAGCGCUCCAUGCGCUCGACACUGUUGAUGGCCUCGACCUAUUGGCGUUUGAAAAGGACAUCCUGGCCAAGUUGGACAUGCCCGAAGGCAUCGUGCUGCGCCACCGGUUGCCUCACUUCAACCACUUGUUUGGGGGGGCGUCUUAUGCGGCGGGGUACUACGUGUAUCUCUGGGCCGCCGUCCUGGACGCCGACGCUUUCCAGGCGUUUGUGGAAGCGGGUGACAUUUUCGACAAGGACACCGCCGAUCGCGCCAAAAAGUUCAUCUACUCGUCAGGCAACACCCGCGACCAGAUGGAAGCGUACCGUGCGUUCCGUGGCCGAGAGCCAUCCAUCGACGCGUUGAUGAAGAAGAAGGGGUUUGUCGUGUAGAAGAAACACACGUUUGUGAGUUGAGUUUUUGAUACUAUUGUAUUAAUAAUAGUCCUAUUAUUCAUA